GGGCUCAGCGCGCUCACAGACACGCGCGCGCGACGGGGAAGGGCUCUGUUAUGGUUGCGCAUGCGCUGGCUCCUGGGUGGUUGUUGGGCUUCAGCAGGUUGGGGCCGCUAACGGGAACACAAGAAGCCUUGGGCAAGGAAUUUUGUACCUGGCGAAGUUGGAGGACCCCCCACCUGGAAGAAAAAGUCUGUUUCCCUGUCUCUCUGCAUCUGUGUUUUGGGGACACAGCCUCUCUGACAAGAUUGCAAAAAUGCAGUUGAUGCCUCUUUGGGGGCCCUGUAUUCCUUCUGGACAGCACCAACUUGGCCUUGCUUAAUUACAUGAUAUUUGUCUUCCUCCACCCCUUUUUUGUUAUUGUUGUUAGACUGAGCAUAUUUUAAGAGUUAGACUGUGGAUCUUUGUCUUGGAGGCAUCAUUGACCAAAGGAAAUGGAGGAAAAAGAGCGAUGUGAUACAUUCUGUCUGACACUCUGAUGUUAAGGCCAUAUAAAACAUUUUUCAAGGGGAGGCCGAGAAAAAGAUGCAAAUAUACUAAGGACGGUUCCUUGCAGGCUAAUGGAGGUGGGAGGGUGGGAGAAAAAUGAUUAAAAUCUUUAAGUUAUUUCUGCAGCCAUCCAGUGAAGACAACUAUUAAAGUAACAGCAGGUGUUCCACUUGUGCGGGCUGGAGUUGUCUAGAAACGAAAGGCUGCUUGCUCUGCUUUUUGUGUGGUGGGGAGAAACUUCAUAAACUUUGUCAUCUCCUAUCUUCACGUCCUACACUACAAAAAAAAAUGAGUUGUGUGCCAUGGAAAGGUGACAAAAUAAAAUCGGAAUCAUCUGAAACACCACAGCCGAUGCCAGUGCGUAUUUAUCAUGAAAAACAGCGCAGGGAGUUAUGUGCUCUCCAUGCCCUCAAUAAUGUCUUCCAGGACAGCAAUGCCUUUACCCGAGACACAUUACAGGAGAUUUUUCAAAGGUUGUCUCCCAACACCAUGGUGACACCCCACAAGAAAAGCAUGCUGGGAAACGGGAACUAUGAUGUGAACGUCAUCAUGGCAGCUCUUCAGACCAAAGGUUAUGAAGCAGUUUGGUGGGAUAAGCGCAGGGAUGUCAGUGUAAUUGCCCUCUCCAAUGUGAUGGGCUUCAUUAUGAAUCUGCCAUCAAGCCUCUGCUGGGGUCCAUUGAAACUUCCUCUUAAACGGCAACAUUGGAUCUGUGUCCGGGAAGUGGGAGGUAUCUACUAUAACCUUGACUCUAAACUCAAGGUGCCUGAAUCCAUUGGAGGUGAAAGUGAGCUCAGGAAGUUUUUGAGACACCAGCUGCGAGGAAAGAACUGUGAACUUCUUCUAGUGGUGCCUGAAGAGGUGGAAGCACAUCAGAGUUGGAAAGCAGAUGCAUGACCUGCAACUACCCUGUCCUCGCACUAUAGUACUGGUCCUUCUCCCUCCACCAAUUUCUAAUGUCCUGUGAUGUGGAUAAUGAGCACUCUUCUCCUCUUCCCUGGAACUUUGGCAUUUCCCCCCCAUUAUGAGGCCAUAAGGCAACCACAAGGUAUUGUCGGAGCCAACAUUAAGAACAGAAGCUGGACAUGUAGUAGGGGAAGAGAAGGAGGUGGACGUAAUAGAACCAGAUCUGUGCUCUUUAAUUAUAAUGCAUACUUUCAUUUAGAAAUGGGUGUUGGAAUUCUCCCCUUUAAUUUCCUGCUCCCCCGCCGCCCCAGUCUUAGGACUUCAUACUGGCUUACACACAACUGUCUCCAGGAGUUCCUAUAGCUCCUGUUUGGCUAGUGUGUGUCUCCUUCAGGGUAGGGCUGGGGCCAGGCAUAUUCUCUCCCCCCCCCCAAGCCAUGCCUGCCUCCCUCCAACCUUCAUUGUGGAACUCCCUACAGGAGUUUUGGGCUUUUCCUGCCUCCAUACUCUUCAUUAUGUGUGUCCUUUGUCUCCAACACCAAACUUUAUGUUGAAGAAAUUUGCAAACCAUUUGGGUCUCUCAGGAAACUCUAGAUACUCUUAGCAAAGGUAUGGUGCUUGUGGAUUCCCCUUUUGUAAUAGUAAUUGUGCCAAGAGUUAGGGGAGAUGUAGACAAAAUGGGACCAUAAUAAUGGAACUCCUUACAGGAGUUUUCCUGUCUCAUGCUCUUUUUAAGUGUGGUCUGAAAAUGAAAGACUGAAUAGUUUGGAAAAGUGGUAGCUAAAUUGAUGCUUAUUUAAAAGCCUCAAGUAUUUUUGUUAGGUGGUCCACAUGUAGCCUGUGUUUAUUUUUCUUAUCUGUCUGUCCUGUAAUUCAGGGAAAUAUACACUGAGCAGGGAAUAAAACUACAGGCUGUUUGAGGAUGAAAUCAUGAAACAAAAGGGAAGAGUAGCCAAGUUUCAGCAAGGUAGGAAGCUGGAAAUGGAGCAAAUGUUGAUUUCCAAGUGGAAUUAUGGGAAACAAGAUCAAAGGGCUAGAUUUCUGUUGCUCUUGUAUAGCAACGGUCAGUUGUUGGGGUUGAGAAUGCAUAAGCAAGUUUGCUGGGGAUGAGGGAAGACUGUUUACAACAGGUAGGCUGAGCCACAUUCUUCCAUUAUGAUUGGCAGGUGACCCUCCUGAAUUUAACUCUUCUCUCCUCACCAACUAAGUGAACAAGCUAAAGACCCUGGCAGGAGACUGAAUUAGUUUUCCUUGUGAUCUGAUUCAGGUGUUUCACAUCACUUCUUUGUGCUAGUUAGUAGGUGAAAUGGAGAAGGUGGCCUUUCACUCGAUUAACUUCUCCUUGAACCCCGUUUAUUCUAUUGUUGCAUUUUUCAUUAUUAAUGCUUUUUGCCAGCUUCAUUUUCAGUAGUACUGGAACAGUGGAAGUAGAACCCACUUUUUUAGUUUCAUUCUAUAGGAAAAUGUAAUGGUUAAGGAGGGCUGAAACCGACCCCUUACAUCCUUGGAAUCUGACCUGUCCAUUCUAAGCAUGAGCAAGAUACAUGCUUUCUAAGCCAGCAUUCCAAGCCCUUCACAGUUGAAUGCAGUGUGAAUGGUAUCAACAUCUUGUUUAUUGACCUCUGGACACCUUGCAGGCAAUAUACUGGGAACUUGUGUUGGCUAUUCUCUGCAUGUAUUACAGUCAUAGCCUAAUAACUUCUAUUUUUACAAAUGCCCUCCCCUUUCUUCUGGACUACACAUUCCAAUAACCAAAGCCAGCUAGCAGAAUUUGUACACACAUACACACACUUCACAAGCAGAACAUCAGGCUUGCAGUUCUGCUUCUGACUUGAAGCCAUUCCCCCCCCCCCCCAAAAAAAUCUCAAAGACAUUAUUUUGUCUGCUGGCUAAAUAAUAGCACUUUGGAGAGACCCCGUUUGCAUGGAAGCCAAUGGACCAGUGCACAAUAUGCAAAUAUCUUUUAAAGCAUACAGCUGUUUCUUUCCGUCUGUGUGUAUUUAUGUCAUUGUUCUGUCCUUAGGGAAAAAGUGGUGUGAUUCAGCAGCUCAGGAAAAGGGAACAUGUGAUCACCCACCCCUCUGGACCAGAGUUAUGGCAGCAGAGGAAAGGAAUCAGCCCAUUCCCAUUGCUUGGGAAUGAAGAAGCCCUUAAUUGUUUUCCUGCUUGUUUGGUUUUAUUAUAGCCUUGUCUUGGGUUUGUUUACAGAGAUGUAUUUUGUUUAACCAAAUAUUAAAAAUGAAAAAGCC